UCUCUAUCAGCGCGAGCCCCAGCAGCGCUCAGUAAAGACAGAUAGAGAGUCAGGCGGCGGUAAGGGGUGGCUGUACGACCCUCUUUUGGGGGGGGUCUGAUUAUAAAAAUAUAUACACACAUAUAUACACGCCCAGGCCGCGAGAUAGGUCCUAUGCCGAUAUUAGGUCUUUUUAGUAAGCAUAUAGCUAUAUCUCUACAAUUAAAAAAAUGCCUAUUUUACUUUUCCUGAUAGACACGUCCGCUUCUAUGAAUCAGCGCACAUAUUUGGGUACGACGUAUCUGGACAUUGCUAAAGGCGCGGUUGAGAUCUUUAUGAAGCUGCGUGCCCGAGACCCGGCUAGUAGAGGCGACAGGUACAUGCUAGUUACAUUUGAUGAGCCACCAUACGGAGUUAAGGCGGGCUGGAAGGAGAACCACGCCACCUUCAUGAGCGAGCUGAAGAACCUGCAGGCCUCGGGCCUGACCACGCUGGGCCACGCCCUCCGCGCCGCCUUCGACCUGCUCAACCUCAACCGCCUCGUCUCCGGGAUCGACAACUACGGACAGGGCCGGAACCCCUUCUUCCUGGAGCCCUCUGUGAUCAUCACCAUCACCGACGGCAACAAGCUGACGCACACGUCCGGCGUGCCCGAUGAGCUGCACCUCCCGCUGAACUCGCCCCUGCCGGGCAGCGAGCUGACCAAGGAGCCGUUCCGCUGGGACCAGCGCCUGUUCGCCCUGGUGCUGCGUCUCCCGGGCGCGGCCGCGCUGGACAGCGAGCAGCUGGGCAGCGUGCCCACCGACGAGUCGGCCAUCACCCAGAUGUGCGAGGUCACCGGAGGCCGGUCCUAUUGUGUGCGCACCCAGAGGAUGCUCAAUCAGUGUCUGGAGUCUCUGGUGCAGAAGGUUCUGAGCGGCGUGGUCAUUAACUUUGAGAAAACGGGGCCUGAUCCGCCUCUGGUGGGCGAAGACGGACUGGCGGACCCGGCUCGGCCCGCGCCCCCCUUCGGCCCCCAGGCCUGGCACAGCUGCCACAAGCUCAUCUACGUGCGGCCCAACCCCAAGACCGGGGUGCCCGUGGGCCACUGGCCCGUCCCAGAAUCCUUCUGGCCCGACCAGAACUCCCCCACUCUGCCCCCACGCUCAGCCCAUCCCGUGGUUCGGUUCUCCUGUGUGGACUGCGAGCCCAUGGUGAUCGACAAACUGCCGUUUGACAAGUACGAGCUGGAGCCGUCCCCCCUCACGCAGUACGUCCUGGAGAGGAAGUCCCCGCACAUGUGCUGGCAGGUAUUUGUGAACAGCAGCGGGAAGCACAACGACCUUGGCCAGCCCUUCGGCUACCUGAAGGCCAGCACCGCCCUCACCUGCGUUAACCUCUUCGUCAUGCCUUACAACUACCCGGUCCUGUUACCACUCCUAGACGACCUGUUCAAAGUGCACAAACUGAAGCCAAACCUCAAGUGGCGGCAAGCCUUUGAGAUCUACCUGAAGUCAAUGCCUCCCUACUUCCUGCUGCCUCUGAAGAAGGCGCUGAGGAUGAUGGGAGCGCCCAAUCUGAUCUCGGACAACAUGGACUGCGGCCUGAGCUACAGCGUCAUUUCCUACCUAAAGAAGCUGAGUCAGCAGGCGAAGAUGGAGUCGGACCGUCUGAUCGUGUCGGUGGGGAAGAAGCCCCCCCAGGAGACGGGGUUAAAGGUGAAGAACCACUCCAGCGGCCCGUCUCUGGCCCUCCGCUGCGACUUCAAACAGCUGCUGCAGGGCAUCACCGGGGAGACGCCCCUGCGCCUCGCCGACAUCAACCUCAAGGAGUUCGCCGGGUUCCAGAUCGCGCUGCUCAACAAGGACGUAAAGCCGCAAGCCUAUCGGAAUGCCUUCGACAUUCCCCGGCGGAACCUUCUGGAUCAGCUGACGCGCAUGCGCUCCAACCUCCUGCGUACCACACAGAAGCUCAUCCGCGGGCAGGACGAAGACUACCUGCACAGCAUCCCGGUGGGUCAGAUGGGGAACUACCAGGAGUACCUGAAGAUGAUGCCGUCCCCCCUGCGGGAGAUCGACCCGGACCAGCCCAAACGCCUGCACACCUUCGGGAACCCCUUCAAACAGGACAAGAAGGGAAUGAUGAUCGACGAAGCGGACGAGUUUGUGACGGGCCCCCAGAACAAGAAACGAGGGGGUGCGGGGGACCCGAACUCGGGGGCCACGCUGAAGAGGAGGCGGAGCAUGUCCCCGUUGCUGCGCCGGCCGCAGACUCCGCCCAUCAUCACCAACCACAUGGUGGGGAAGGGGCCCUCGGGGGCCCUGGCGCAGCUCAGCCUUAUAAAGCCCAUCCCGCUGCACAAAGGAGUGGAGGGGAACAGCGUGUCGGGGGUGGAGAGUAACGGGGAGCGGAUGCAGGCUGGAGAGGCAGCAGACGGCUGGCCCGGAGGACCGGACGAAGUUGGGACAGGGCUCCCCCUGGAGGACAGGCCUGGAUUGGCGGUGGGCGAAGGCGGGGAGGACGGGGCGGGGCUGGAGGACAGGAUGGAAGAGGACGGCCUCGAUGUGAGGCCUCUGAGCCGGCCGGGGAACUGCGAGGAGCUGAGUCCUCCCGGCCUGCAGGGGGCGAUGGACGACGCUGGCGCAGACCCGGCCGUUACCAGGAUGGUCAUCGUGCUUCCCCUGGAGGGCAACAACGCAGAGCUGCGCGCUCGGAUCAUUAAGGAGGUCCGGAAGCCAGGCCGCAAUUUUGAGGCAAUAAUAAGGCUGCUGGAGGAAGUGAAGGGACCUCUGGACGUGCAGAGAUACAUCAUCCAUCACGCCAUCAAGGAGGCAGCCAGGUUUAAGAAGCGGGUUCUGAUCCAGCAGCUGGAGCUGGCCAUGGAGGAGAUGGAGGAGAAGCAGCUGCUGUCUGCUGGUCUGAACAGCAUCCACAGCAGAUAGGGCUGGAGCAACGCUGAGGCUGAGACACGGAGCCUGAGAGGGGGAGAGACCUGGGGCUGCACACAUGGUGGAGAGGAGAGAGAUGGAGAGAGGAGAGGAGAGAGAGAGAGAG